AUGCCCUCCACACACGACAAGGAAAAGCCAUGGGACACCGACGACAUCGACAAGUGGAAGAUCGAUGAAUUCAAACCCGACGACAACAAAGCCGGCUCCUUCGCCGAAGAAUCCUCCUUCGCCACCCUCUUCCCCAAGUACCGCGAAGUCUACCUACGCGAAGCCUGGCCGCUCGUGACCCGGGUGCUCGAGAAGCACCAGAUCGCCUGCACGCUCGAUCUCGUUGAGGGGUCCAUGACCGUGCGCACGACGCGCAAGACGUACGAUCCCGCGGCGAUCCUCAAGGCGCGGGACCUGAUCAAGCUGCUUGCGCGGUCCGUGCCGUUCCCGCAGGCGGUCAAGAUCCUGGAGGACGGCGUGGCGGCGGACAUCAUCAAGGUCGGCAACCUGGUGGGGAACAAGCAGCGCUUUGUGAAGCGCAGGCAGAGGAUAUUGGGGCCGAAUGGGAGCACGUUGAAGGCGCUGGAGCUGCUGACGGGGUGCUAUAUCCUGGUGCAGGGGAAUACGGUGGCGGCGAUGGGGGGGUAUAAGGGUUUGAAGGAGGUGCGAAGGGUGGUGGAGGAUUGUAUGAAGAAUAUACACCCGAUAUACCACAUCAAGGAACUCAUGAUCAAGCGGGAACUACAGAAGGAUCCAGAGCUCGUCAACGAAUCCUGGGACCGCUUCCUCCCGCACUUCAAGAAGCGCAACCUCAGCAAGCGCCGCAAGCCCCACAAGAUCACCGACAAGACCAAGAAAGUCUACACCGCCUUCCCCCCCGCACCCGAGAAGUCCAAGAUCGACCUGCAGAUCGAGUCCGGCGAGUACUUCCUCAGCAAGCAGAGCAAGGAGCGCGCCGCGCGGGAGGAGCGCGAGGCAAAGCGCCGCGAAAAGAAGGAGGAGAAGCAGAAGGAGCGGGAAAAGGACUUUGUGCCGCCCGUGGAGGCGGGCGAUGACGCUGAGAAGGCGAAGAAGAAGAGUAAGAAGCAUGAGGGCGAGACGAAGGAGGAGAGGAAGGCGAGGAAGGAGGAGAAGAGGAAACGGAAGGAGGAAAAAGCGGCGAGGAAGGCCGCCAAGGCUGCGAAGGACGAUGAUGAUGAGUAG